GAGCCCGGGCCGAGCGCCGCUCCGCUCCGCACCGCCCUACCAUGGUGGGGGAUCACUGCAGCCUCCCCGGUGAACGGCCCGUGCUCGCCCAGAGUCCCAAGCCCGGAUUAAGCUGCAAGAUGGUCCUGCAGGCGGUGGGCAAAGUGCUGCGGAAGUCCAAGGGAAAGCCAAAUGGUAAAAAGCCAGCACCAGAAGAGAAGAAACUUUACCUAGAGCCAGAAUACACAAAAUCCAGAAUUACCGACUUCGAAUUUAAGGAACUAGUGAUGUUACCACGGGAAAUAGACCUCAACGAGUGGCUUGCCAGCAACACAACAACUUUCUUUCAUCACAUCAAUUUACAAUAUAGUACAAUCUCAGAAUUCUGUACAGGAGAGUCAUGUCAGACCAUGGCAGUGUGCAAUACACAGUACUACUGGUAUGAUGAGCGGGGAAAGAAGAUCAAGUGCACUGCUCCUCAGUACGUUGACUUCGUCAUGAGUUCGGUGCAAAAACUAGUGACAGAUGAGGACGUCUUUCCAACAAAAUAUGGCAAGGAAUUCCCAAACUCAUUUGAGUCCCUAGUGAAGAAGAUCUGCAAGUACCUGUUCCAUGUGCUGGCCCAUAUCUACUCCUCACACUUUAAGGAGACUUUGGCACUGGAGCUGCACGGACAUUUGAACACACUCUACACACACUUUAUCCUAUUCAUCAGGGAGUUCAACCUCGUGGACCCUAAAGAGACCACCAUCAUGGAUGACCUCACGGAGGUCCUCUGCAGCAGCAGCGGGAGCAGCAGUAACGGGAGCGGCAAUGGGAGCAACAACAGCGCAGGAGCACAGAACCACGUGAAAGAGAGAUGAGCCCUCCUCCUGGACCCAAACUAACAUUAUAAACAAUAUAAUCUAUUGUGUGUAUGUGUAUGUAUAUGUUCAGAUAUACAUACCGGCAUAUACAGCGAUGAAAGCUGACCGCAGAGAUGCUGCCACGCAGGACGCGCAGUCGUACGGGGCUGUACGGAGCUUUGGGUUAAUGCGCCAGCCGGCGAGAAGUUGCACCAAUUUUAUUUUAUUUUCUGUCCACUCCUCCUUUUACCUAUUCAGAUGGAUGACAAGUGCUGUUUUUAGAGAAGAGCCAAGCUUGAGAGUGGGGCCACUCUUGGUUUGUUUGGUUGGUUUUUUUUGGUUUUUUUUCUUUUCUUUGGUUUGUUGGUUUUUUGUUUUUCUUUCUUUGGUCUUGAGUGCAAGCCCUUUGGUCUUUCUAGGAUGGUGGUCCUGCCAUUUAAAAAGUAUCUAUUAUAUUAUAAGAAGUAACUUUUACUUUGAAGUGGCUUAAAAUGCAGGUUUUUUUGGGGGGUGGGGGUGGUUUUUUGGUUUGGUUUUACAUAGACUGCCCCUUACCCUGCCCAAAGCUCCCCCACUGAGUGCAUCUUGCCCUUUGUUAGCUUGGAAUGGGAAGAAACUCCUGGCUUGACUAGAGUAGCAACUAGGGGCUUGCUACCUGUUGAAAGUGGGCAAGAUUCUCCAGUUGUCCCAUCUACUCAGUCACAAGGUGUGAACGUGCAAGAGGAUCCACAAACCUUUCUGCUUAUUGCUCCUACAACAUAUAUACUCUUUUCUCUGCUCCCCUGCCUCUUCUUUUCCCAGGCACACCUGCACAGGUAACAGGAAUAGCAUCACUGCAGUCCAAAACCGUGUGCAAAAGUCACCACCAUUUGCUUUCCCUUGAACAGAGGCCUGGGGAGGAGGGGGAAAAGGGUAUACUGAGUCAGUCACCGCCUGUGCUAGAAAGAUGGCUGUUGGCAUAAAAUUAUAUUGUUGGCUUAUUUUAGUUCAUCUGUUCUAUAAUAAUAAAAAAAAAAUCUAUCAGCCACAA